CCUUUUACACUCAGCAGGCACACUUCCGGGUGCUUCAACGCUUAGGUUAGCCGAGGGCGUGCCUUCCUAUCUAAUUAUGCAUGUCAAUGAGCUCGGAUAGUCAUCAUUCGGGGACUCGCACGGGUGUUCUUGGCACUUGCCAUGGGAAUGUGGCAGCCUCUUGGUAACUUUAGGAGUUACCUGGAGCAUCACCCUCCAACCGUCAUCUUUUUUGUGUGCCUGCUCUCAUUAGCUAUAACUUUCAUCGGCUUUGGAGUAUACAGCAAGGCUCACUUUGUAAGGAACCCAGACAUACCUGAAGACUGGAAUCAGAUUCUAGCUUCUAUUGCAGGCCAGACAUUCUGUGUUUUUGCUAAUGACACUGAUGCCCCAUCUUUGCCAAUGGAAGAUGCAGUUGCCUCUCCUCUGAUUGUGGAGCACAAAACUGCAGUUGGAAUUCCUUUGAACUCUUCCCACAGUCCUCUUGCUUCCACUCACCUGUCUCUCUUGGUGCCACUAGCCUUGGCUGAGAGUAGCCAGGGCAGAAGCCCAGCAAAUCUCCAUGCCAUACUACAGGGAAGGGAGCUUGGGUUAAAGGGUUCUGCUGGAAAAGAGUCCCUGAACCUGACACUGGUCUUCUACUCUCAACCUGAAAUGAAAAACAAUGGGUCGAGCGGUGAGACCGGAUCCACAUUCACAUGCCUCAGGGUCACUGCGCCUGCAUACAUUCUACCUCAAACUCCCUAUCCUCCAGCAUGCCCAGUCAACGAUGACCAAGACUCCCCCUUGAAUGCCAUUACUUCAGCAUGGAAAAACCAGAACCCCCAGGGCACUUUGAUGUGUUACAGUAUGAAGUUUACCCCUAAUCCCAGCCUUACCGUUAUGCUAUCCCAGGAGGAGAGGGAUCUGGCUGCACACCAUUUGAUGAUGGUCAGUGCUUGCCUUCUGAGUGUAUGUGGAGUGCUUUGCUUUCUUGGGAUGCUCUCUUGUUCCAAGUCUCAGAGGUACCAAGGCAAUGGACUGGACUUAAAGGAACCACUGAUUGACUCCUGAAUUUGUCAAUUGCUGUUUUUAAUUAAAUCCUUUUUUCUUUGUCUGAAAACUGAAAAGAAUGUACAUGAAAUACACUGUAAUGCUCUAGAGCUGAAUGGUUGAAUAGAAUGCAACAAAGGAUAAAAUAUUGAGAAGAAUCAAUGCAUAAUUUUGUCUUUGUCCCAUUACAAGCAAAAUCAUGGGAAAGUUUGAUAUAACAAAGUUAAUGCAAGUAUAUCAGUAUAUUGUGGUAUUCAGAAAUGUUUAUGUUUAUAGCUGUGGUUGAAUUGAAGUUCACCUAAGUCUUAUGGGAAAAUGUUCGUCAAUGAAAAUUAUAGAUCCAGUUCCAGAUUUCAAUUCACCCCCUUGAAAAAUACAAUACAAAUCUUAUUUUAAAUAAAACUUCAGAUUAAUGAAAUAUA